ACCGCUCCCCCCACCUCCCGCCCGCCCGCGCUGCCGCAACCGCUUCCCCAGCCUCCCGCCCGCGCUGCCGCAACCACCGCCGGGCGCCCGCCCUGCUUGCACCAGCGCCCGCCGACCAUGGGCGGGCCCGACGCUGACCCCAUCGACCCCAUCGACCCCUCCGCCUUGUCCCCCAUCGACCCCUCCGCCUUGCCCCCCAUCGACGGCGCCAUCUCCUCCAAGUUUGACCCGGCGGACCGCCGCCCUCGCGCUCUGGUCGGCGUGACCGGCUCGGGGGACGGGACGUGGGCUCUGGUCGGGGCAGCCGUGUCAGGCGACCCGAACUUCCCCGGACACGUCUUCGGCCUCUACAAGGACACCACCGCCGUGGACGAGGAGCUCUCCCCCACGUUCCUGCGAUUAUUCGAUGAUUGGAACGCUCGGGAAGAGCUCGCUAUCGCCAAGCGCAAAAAAGAAGGGAAGAGCACGGGCUCGACGACGACGACGACGACCCCGACGACGCCUCUGCCUCCACGACCCCCGGUGCCCGCGCGGACUCCUUCGCUGAUGUCGGAAAGCCCGCCGCCGCCAACGCCGACCACUCUUCGUCCGCGACGCCUGCCUCCGCAGCCUCGUCGUCUCCCUCCGUGGAAGCCGCGCCGCGGGGCGUGAAGAGGGCGCGGGGAGACGACGACACCGCCGCCGCCUCCUCCACACCGGGGGUUGGCUCCCUCGGCGAGUCCGCAGGGGCCAAUCCCGACCCAGGGCGCCCCGCCCCUCGGGUGCUCGGCGCGGCCACCGACUCCGAUCCGUCCGCGACUCCAGACACCUCUCCCGGUGUCGACCGAGACAACGACGCCAGUUCCGCGUAGGUGAAGGACUCUUGAAAACAACAAGCAAGAUCACUGGAGCUAGUCAAAGCUGAGGUGUUCCGUGCGAGGAGUAGUUGGAUCUUUUGGGUCCCAAGACUGGAGAUAAAGAUCAUCUGUCCUUGAUUUGCUAGUCAUGACUGAGGUGUUCGAGCAUAGCGCUGUUGUUUUUUGCUUCUGUAAUGCGCUUGGUUUCGUAUGCCAGAGAUUUUGAGCUGUGGCUACCUUUGCUUAGGAUGUAAUCGGGAGUGGUUGAACUUCCCCCCCUCUGCUUUCUUUGCUGGUUACUUCUGUUAUAGAUGAUUGCAGUCUUAUAAAGGUUGGAAUGAAACUAGAACUCUAGAAAGUAUGAUGAGGAGCAAAGCACCAAAGAGAAGAGUAUUGGUUUGGUUUUGUGCAGUGUAACAAAAAUGACUAAUGUAGUUACCCAUUGUUGUCUUCUUUUUGUUGACAGCCUAGAUGUGAUAGUAGUCAUCUCAUUUAACAUGGUGAACUGUUCUGACAUGCAAUCUUUAUUGGCAUCACAA